AAUAUCAUAAACAACUGUUAAAUACAGCAAGUGUGGGCAGCACCGUCAUGAUGAGUAUUGGAAACCACGUAACGAAACACCUGAAGAACUCUCAGCAGACUGUUGCUGAUCAUAUUAUAGCUUACAACUACUACUACUUGUUGGGUUUAUGCCAUUUAACUGACUACUUGUUGCGGUAUUUAAAUGGAAUAGAUUGGUGCUUUAAUGCUGUGUUGUAUUUUGGAUUUUUCAUAAUUGUACUGAAAGCCUUUUGCGUGUAUUGUUUUAAAAAUAAAAAGGAGGCAUACUUUGAUAGAAACGAUAAAUAAAUUAAAGCUCUAGUGGUUUCUUUCCAUUUUAUUUUGUUACUUUUUGUCUUACUUAAAGAAAAGAAACAUCUUAAAAAUGGAAUAUAAAGACGGAGAAAAUGUUUCAGUAGACUUGAGUAAAAAUGCAACAGAUCAGACUGGAAUGGGUCAAUCUAUCGACUUUGCGCCGUUUGAUCAAGCCGCUGCUGUUGUUUCAUUCGUCCUGUUUGCAGCAAUAAUCUCCCUAAAUGGACUGGUCAUUUAUGUUCUGCUGUUCAAGAAACAGAAGAAAAGUCGUUUGUUCUACUUUGUACUCCAGCUCGCCAUAGCGGAUUUCCUCGUUGGUGUAUUUUGUGUGCUUGGUGAUGGUAUAACGAGUGCCAUGUACGGAGAGUAUCACGGAGGAGAUUUUGUAUGUAGGAUGUGGAGAUUUAGUAAAACCAUGACCAUUAUCGCCUCCAACAAUAUCCUCAUUGGUAUGAGUGUAGACAGAUUUCUGGCAAUAAAAUAUCCCUUAAAUGUCGUGCGAUUAGGAAUGUGUAGGUUUCUAGACAAGGCUAUGGUAUUAGGAGCUUGGUUUAUAAGUUUAGUUGUUGCAAGUUUCUAUAUUCCGUACAGUAAAGGGGUAAAUGCUAACGCGUCGGCAACUAACCCUAUGGAUCAAAUUGGCGAAUGUAAAAUCGAGUUUCCAGAUCACUGGUGGAAGCCGUACGGGUUAACAGUAGCAAUGAUUGUAUACAUUUUACCUACCAUUGGUAUAACUGUAUGCUAUGUUGGUAUAUGUGUCAUCAUCUGGAUGAAAUGGCGUUCAAGACUUAAGUUGUCGGAGAUUAGCACCAACGCUAGCAGUGAUAAGCUGCAAGGAGACAAAUCAUUGAAUAAAGGACUGCUCCCAAAGGCAAAGGUGAAGAGCAUAAAAAUGACCUUGGUGGUGUGUCUAGCGUUUUUUAUCUCCUGGACGCCUUAUUUUGUGACCAUACUGAUGAGUAUUUACGAACCAAAUUCGGUUGAUCCGAGAUAUUUCGUGGUCCUGGGCUCCUUAUACCCCCUCAACAGUGCCUGCAACCCUUUGAUAUUCAUCCUUUUUAACCUCAGGCUUUUCUCGUGUCGACAAAAAGAUCAACCAUCAGGGCAAUCUUAUGAAGGUAUAAGCACACAAGUGACGAGCACGUGACUAGCGACGUUGCUCUUGGCAGUGACACAAAUGUUGCACAUGCGCAAAACAAAUUCAAAUAAUUCCAGAAAUAAAAAGGAAUAUACACAGCAAUAAUGUCAUAAAUAUGUGUUAUGUGAUAGAUAAAAAACUGUAAACGCGCAAGUGCAGCGGCCGGAGCAUUUUUAAUUUACCUUUUGUGGAUUCUGCAUAAAUGUACAUCGAACAUCAUUGUCUCAUCCAGAGUUUUGACUGACUUAUGUCGAGAUAUGAUAUAUUCUCCAUUCACUCAGAACCUAUAAAUAAUGUUAUUGUAUGCUUAUUUAAACCGAAAUACGCAUUUAACAAAAAAAACAACAAAAAAACAAAUCACACUGCGAGAAACAGUUGCACGUAAACGAAUCUUAAUUCAUACGUCUUUUAACUUAAAAAGACACACAUGACAUAAGGACCCAAAUUUAUUCAAUGCAUUUUUAUUAUUUGCAAAUAAAAUGAAAUAAGUCUCGUUAAGAUUUUAAUCGAAAUAUUUUCUAUAGAGAGCAAAGCAUAACAAUUUUCGAAAAGUUAGAAAUUCACACGUACUUGUAAUAUACAAGUAGAUCGACAAAGCUAUACACCAUUCGUAGUGAGUCAUGUGCAUUGAGUAAUAUGAUUAUAUCUCACUCACACUAUUUCAUCAAUUAACAUAAAAUAAAAUAUUUCAUUACAAUUUGCCUCUCUUCUACCUUCACACUGGCAUAGCUAUAUAUGGCAUUUUCAUCAGUUUAUAUAAAUUAUAAAUAAUUGAGAAGACUCAAUAACCACAUUGAGUUCACCAGUGAAUGGAAAUUAAUUUUCAUCGAUGUUAGAUUUUUGGUUAAACUUUGUUACAUUUUGUGGUUUCUUGGUAUCUUGGAAUUCAUUGAAUAUAUUCUACAAUAGUAUUACGCUUGUGGCGAGAGAGGUGUUGCGAAUUGCUUCUUUUAGAUUGCUCGGUUGCCUUCUAUGCUUUCAUGGGUUUUAUUAACUGCAACAUCAUCCGUCUUAAGCGGUCUUUUGGCGGCCACAAUAUACAACACCGUACUGGAAAACGGCAUUAUAGGUUUAUACAUAUCAGAAAACUAAUCAAGGUCCAAUUCAAGCAUGCAGACUGUCAUUUGUAGUAGUUCAUAUGCUUUUAUUGUUCUGAAUAAAAUAUUAACAAAGAA